CAAUUACUUCACCUAAUUAUUUCUUCAUCUAUCCACCCACAAUUUUACAGUCAGAAUAAUGGUGCCAAGUCGCAGGAUUGGCAAUGUCAUAGUACUGGCAUUCGUCGCAAUAGUUCAGCUAUCGGUCCUUGCUGAGGCUCGACAACGUUCUGUGGGUAUCAAGCACCUCUCCUACGAUAAAUCUAGCUACGACCUCGCCCAUGCUUCUCAUCACCGACCAAAAAGAGAGGGCAACAAACAGCAGCAUGGCAAGAGCAAUCAAGGACACGAGCAUCAAGAAAGCGCCUACCGCACAUUUAUUGCGAAGCAGAAGCGCAGCAGCGAGAGCAACCAUGAAGUGGACAGCAUAGUGGAUCAGAGCCUUAUUGCUAAGAGUGACAUUCCUUGUGGACUGGGACAAGCAGUUUUAAAGUGUCCAUUGGCGAGUCCCUGUUGCUCUCGAUGGGGGUUCUGCGGCAGUGGGGGCAAUUACUGUCUUGAUGGAUGCCAGGAAGCGUUUGGGCAGUGUGGCGAUAUUCCACAGCAAGGCAGCCAGAAGGAGGAAGAGUAUAACAGAAGGAAGUGGCGACCGUGGAGGGAAGUUCAUGGAUUCGACCAGAACGGGGAGCCACAGCGCGUUAUGGGCCAAGAUAAGAGCAAGUUUCGUAUCCCUUCCACGGUACCCAAGUUGCCCCUGAACGGGACGCUCGUCAACAUAGCGUACUAUGCUGGGUGGGCCCAGUACAGAGGACUAGGAGAAACUACCUGCCGCCAGCGACCGUACCUGCCGUCUGCAAUUCCUUGGUCAUCGCUGGACUAUGUCAUGUUCGCCUUCGCCUAUUUUGACGACGACAACGAGCUCUACCCAGCCGAUCCAAGCGACGAAAGACUCUACUUUUCUAUCAACAAGCUAAAGAUGGCUACAAAGACCAGGGUCAUGAUCUCGAUUGGGGGCUGGACCUUUACACAUCCGGACUCGAGGAGUAAAUCCGGAACGAAGCAUCGGUUCAGGAACAUGGUUAGGUCGCCAAAAUCACGGAAGGCCUUUAUUGCGAGCUGCAUUGAAUACUGUCAAUCCUACGGCUUUGACGGGGUCGAUAUCGACUACGAAUAUCCAGCCUACCAGGACCGCGCGUUCGUUACCGCCUUGUUUCGAGAAAUGAGGGAGGCAUUUGAUGCUGAAGGCAGCGGUCUCAUUAUUUCGAUGGCGGGCGCUGCUUUCAAAGAUGGCGUUCAAGGGUUCGAACUGGACAAGGUAGCCAAGUAUAUGGACUUUUUGAUGAUCAUGACUUAUGAUUUGUAUGGCUCUGACGACUCGAACCGAGUGGUGAACAUCCAUACUGCCUUAAUUCAAAUGCCCGAUGAGAAGCAUAGCGGCCAUAGCGUUCAGGGCGCUGUCGAACUGUAUCUCGAUCGGGGGGUUCCUCGCGAAAAGAUCGUGCUGGGGCUGGCCCUCUACGCCAAGACCUUCGUCCUGGCUAAUCCAUCGAAUACACAGCCCGGAAUAGCGCAGUUCAAACAAGGAGGCGAUCCCACGAACUGCAUGGACUCCCGGGGCGAGAUGGCUUAUAAUGAGAUUGCAUACCUUAUCCAUCCUGCCGAUCAUACUUCUAGACAGGUUAGUCCGCUGUGGGAUCCUGAUGGCCGGGUAUUUUAUUUCGUAUACGGAAGCCGUCAAGAUAACUUGGUCGGGUACGAUGAUAGGCCAAGUCUGGAUCUGAAGCUGCAGCUUGUGACGGAGCUCAAAUUGGCGGGUGUGAUGUGGUGGAGUCUUGAUCAGGACCUGGACUCGACGAGCGAGAAGCCGGGUACCCAUUAUCAGAAGCGGGAUUUGGAGCGAAGGACGAUCCCACAAGUCCCAUAUCGUCGACUAGGCACUUCUUUUCCCAAAACAGUGGCCAUUCCCUCCACAGCCAGUUCAGAAGGGGUCAAAUCAGUGUCAGCACCAUCAACUUCCACACAAGGAGAAAAUAAAACGACUACGCACCAGGAGACUAAAACACUACCGCCAAUGUGCCCUCGACUGACUACGGCCGCUACCUUUGCAAGACUAUUGAAAUUCACUCCCGCGACUAUGGUAUGUUCGAAUAGAACGACUUCUAAUCCAACAAUCUGUCCGUCAAUUGUCGAGCCGCCAGCUCGGAUGUCUUCCAUUCCGUUAAAUAUCCUCGGACAACCAGGGCUAGUCCCUUAUGUUGCUUCCAAGCGAAAGAGAUGCCGUGUCGUCAUACAAUACCCGCACGUUUUGCCUGAGACUCCUGUGGGUAAUGCUGUCAUGAAAAAAUGUCCUGCCCCUGCCGACUGUACCGAAUCUUGGCAGGCAUUUACUUGUACUCAUGAGGGCUGGAGUAAAGGAAGCCCAUGUUACGACAAAGCGAAGCUGUCUCCUUCGCUUUAUUUUUACGGGGAAUUGGAGUUUGUCCGGACGGCUCGCGAUAGAGAUAUUAGGCAGGCUUAUCAAGCAGGCGAAGGACCACCAAGAGCAACUUCCCAGUUGAUUGCGCAGGUUGAAUCUAAACGCCCUGAGUACAUUACUCAAUAUCUAAAGCUCUCAAAGGUGCUGCGGCUGAUGGCCGAGGUCAAAGGACUGAAAGGGCUAAAGGUUAAGAAGCGUUUGGUCCGCUCAGGUUCAGUCGCAAUCAAGAGGAAAAUGGUGAAGAGGAGCAGGAAGGCGAAACAACAGCGGCAUGCAAAGGGCAAGCUUACGAGUCAUUUGUGCGAGCGACAAGAUUCAACCGCGGUGAAUACAUAGACGGGACGGGAUGGCAUAAUAAAAGCAGGACUAGGAGACUGAACAGAGAUGUCAGGGAGUACUGUUCAUUUGGCUCAUCUAGUCGUUCAGUUCAGAAGUGCAAUAUGUCAAAAAUA